GUGUAACUUUAUGGAGCUUUGUUUCAAACUUUCCUACAUACCGCCAGCGCUAACUGACACACGUUGAAGAGUACCGUAAAAAUAACAUGGCGAGGUGGCAGGAGAUAGAAGCCCUCGCACUGAUCUUUCUUUUGGGUUUCUUCCUACAUUCCAGUGGAGCUCAAGUUGCCCCGGAACGAGGCACUGGCUAUAGCCUGCACCCUCCGUACUUCAACCUGGCGGAAAGGGCACAGAUCCGGGCCACAGCAACCUGCGGCGAGGACGAGACGGGCAGGCCGUGGCCGGAGCUCUACUGCAAACUGGUAGGGGGUCCUGCUGCGGGCUUCGCCAGCUACACUAUCCAGGGGCAGUUCUGCGAUCAUUGUAACUCUAGUAUACCCAGUAAAUCUCAUCCUAUUUCUUAUGCUAUUGAUGGAACAGAACGUUGGUGGCAGAGUCCACCUUUGUCACGAGGGCUGCAGUACAAUGAGGUGAAUGUUACCUUGGAUUUAGGACAGCUGUUCCAUGUGGCUUAUGUCCUCAUCAAGUUUGCAAACUCACCUCGACCAGAUUUAUGGGCACUUGAGAGGUCUGUUGAUUUUGGAAGAACCUAUGAACCUUGGCAGUAUUUUGCAAAUUUGAAAAGAGAUUGCUUAGAAGUAUUCCGAAAGAGGCCCGAGGCACGUAUUAUAAGAGAUGAUGAUGUCAUUUGUACUACAGAAUAUUCUCGUAUUGUACCCCUGGAGAAUGGUGAGAUUGUGGUAUCCUUGGUAAAUAGACGUCCAGGAGCAAAGAAUUUUACGUAUUCACCAAUUCUGCGUGAGUUCACCAAGGCUACAAAUAUCCGUCUGCGGUUUCUCAGAACCAACACCCUCCUUGGGCAUCUCAUUUCUAAAGCACAGCGUGACACUACUGUCACCCGCAGAUACUAUUACAGCAUCAAGGACAUCAGUGUGGGAGGUCGCUGUGUUUGCCAUGGUCAUGCAGAAGUCUGUGACUCAAUGGAUCCUGCAAACCCGUAUCGGUUACAUUGUAAUUGUCAGCAUAACACAUGUGGAGAAUUCUGUGAGCGUUGUUGUCCUGGAUACAAUCAAAAACCAUGGAGGCCUGCAACAAUUAACAGUGCAAAUGAAUGUGAACGCUGCAACUGCCAUGGCCAUUCCAGUGAAUGCUACUAUGAUGCAGGUGUUGAGCAGCAGAAGGAAAGUUUAAACAUUUAUGGGGAGUACAAAGGAGGUGGUGUUUGUGUUAAUUGCCAGCAUAACACUGCUGGCAUCAACUGUGAAAAAUGUGCUUUAGGUUAUUACCGGCCAUAUGGUAUUCCAGUAGAAGCAGUAGAUGGCUGUAUACCCUGCAGGUGCAAUCCUGACUAUACAAAUGGUUGUGAGGCUGGGUCUGGUCGCUGUGUUUGCAAGCCAAACUUCCGUGGAGAGAACUGUCACAUGUGUGCUUAUGGAUAUUAUGGUUUCCCACAGUGCAUACGAAUCCCAAUAUAUUCUUCGCCACGUCCACCAACUGUAAGACCUUCAUCUGAACCAACCAGAGCCUGUGAUUGCAGUAACCAAGGAGUAGAAAGACCAGGUUGUGAUGCAGUAACUGGGCAGUGUUAUUGUCGAACUGGUUUUCAUGGAAUAUCGUGUGACCACUGCGCGAUUGGAUAUUUUAAUUUCCCCUUCUGUCAAGAAUGCAGCUGCAACACUGCUGGCACUACUCUGCAGGUGUGUAACCCUACUGGAAGAUGCCUUUGUCGACCAGAGGUUACUGGUAUUCGGUGCGACCAGUGUCGUCCUGGUUAUUAUUCAUUUCCCAUCUGCCAAGCAUGCAGCUGUGACAGUUAUGGCUCAGCAGACAUGACCUGUGACCCCAAUGGUCAGUGUCACUGUCGUCCUGGCUUUGGUGGAUUGACCUGCAAUCAGUGCGCUCCCGGCAACUACGGUUAUCCUGCCUGCUUGUCUUGCCAGUGCUCUGCUGAUGGCUCCAUCAGCUCUGUCUGCCAUUCGUCUACUGGACAGUGUCACUGCCGACCAGGUAUAACAGGGCAAAACUGUGACCGAUGCCGUUCUGAAUUCCAAGACUUUCCACAUUGCCAAGACAUUCCUGAUGACUGCAAUCCUGCUGGCACAGAAAGCAUAGGCUCUGAUUCUGAUUCUGAGUCCCAUUGUUAUUGCCUACCUGCUGUGGAGGGACCAACCUGCAACACAUGCAAGCCACUGUACUGGAACCUGGCAGCAGAAAACGAGGAGGGUUGCAUUGAGUGCCUAUGUGAUGUGCGUGGAACCCUCAGUGGAGUUGGAGAAUGCCAGGAGGAUGGCCAGUGCUUUUGCAAGCCUAAUGUCUGUGGUGGUCCCUGCAAUAGCUGUGAUGAUGGAUACUUUGCUUUGGAAAAUCGCAACUACUUUGGAUGUCAAGGUUGCCAAUGUGACGUUGGAGGUUCGACUGCUCUGAGAUGUGACAAACAUUCUGGAACUUGCCUGUGUCGGGAUCACGUAGAAGGGCAGAUAUGUAACCAACCAGUCAGAGGUUAUUAUUUUCCAGACUUGCAUCACAUGCGGUUUGAGAUCGAAGAUGGUACCACUCCAGAUGGAAGGGGAGUACGGUUUGGCUAUGAUCCACAAGCGUUCCCAGAUUUCAGCUGGAGAGGCUAUGCACAAAUGUCCCCAGUACAACCAGAGGUGGUUUUGCCUGUCACUGUAACUUCUCCUAGCCUAAUGCUCCUCGCUGUACGCUAUGUGAGCCCUACCUACUCCAAAAAGCCUGUUAUGGGGAAGAUCUCAAUUGCUGAAGGGGUGCACUUUGACCCUAAUUGUACCUCAACACUGCAGACCAAGUAUAUUUCAUUCCCACCAAGUAAGAAACCAGCAUUUGUUACAGUCCCUGGAGGUGGCUUUGCAGAUCCAUUUGCACUCACACCUGGAAAAUGGAUUGUCAGCAUUGUGGCGGAAGGGGUUCUCUUGGACUACCUAGUGCUCCUGCCAAGUGAUUACUAUGAGGCUGCCAUCUUACAGAUGAAAGUUACAGAGCCCUGCACUUAUGCAAACCAUCCACAGCACAGCUCAGAACCUUGCCUGGUCUAUGACUACCUCCCAUUGGAACAAUAUGCAAAUGCUCAUGGUUUAACUGGAGUGUUAUCUGCCUAUGGACGGCAUCAGCAUGUAUCUGCCAGGCAGCCCACCCCAGAACAUAUACCACUGGCAGAUAUCAGUGGCAGGCAGGUACAGCUACAGAUAAGAUUACAUGUCACUCAUCCUGGCCUGUAUGUGGUGGUUCUGGAAUACCUUAACGAAGAUGAGGCAGUUCUACACACUGAUAUCAUAAUGAAGAACUCACAAGGGCCAAUCAAGCAGGCUGUUGUCAACAUCUACAGCUGCAAGUACAGUUUUCUUUGUCGCAGUGUUGCAGUUGGUGAUAAAGGCCAGGUCGCUGUCUUUCAGCUACCAAUGGAUGUGGAACUGGAGCUCAGUGCAAGACAUAGUGACCUGCUUCUCCACAAAGUGUUCCUAAUACCACUGGAGGAGUUUUCCAUGGAACAUAUACAGCCCAAGGUGCAUUGUAUUGCCACUCAUGGACGCUUUUUUAAAAACAGUACUUCAUGCCUUCCCUCCAAAUUUGAAACCCCUCCAACUACAUUGCUUCUAAAUGCACUACAAGAUGGACACCUUUUGAUUGAACCUGAACAAGUUCAGACGAGUGUGUUUGACCAACAAACUCCUUUCAUAUCUUCCACCAGCAGACUGAAUGGAAUACUCCUGAAGCCAACACAGAGUCAGAUAACAUUUAAUGCAAGAGUGCCCAGCACUGGCAGGUACAUAUUCCUUGUGCAUUUCUAUCAGCCAGAGCACCCAGCAUUUCCUGUAGAGGUAUUGGUGGAUGGAGGGCGUCUCUGGCAGGGUACGUUUAAAGCAUAUUUUUGCCCUCACAAUUAUGGUUGUCGGGACCACGUUGUCGCAGAUAGCCGCAUUGGAUUGGACAUGACUGAUCCUGGGCUUUCUAUAACAGUUAAAGUUCCUUCAGGAAAGACAUUGGUUUUAGACCAGAUUUUAAUUAUUCCAGCUGAUAGUUACAGUCCUGGCUUGCUGAAUGAGGCACCCCUGGACCGAUCCUUCGAGUUCAUCAACAACUGUGGGGGUAACAGUUUCUUUAUCGAUCCAGUCACUGCAACUAGGUUCUGCAAGGAAUCUGCCCGGUCUUUGGUGGCCUUCUACAAUGGUGGGGCUCUACCAUGUAACUGCCAUGUGGAAGGAUCAACAAGCCGUAUCUGUAACCCGAUGGGUGGCCAGUGCUCCUGUAAAACUUUUGUUAUUGGACGCCAAUGCAGUCGAUGUGCUACAGGCUACUAUGGCUUUCCAAACUGCAGACCUUGUAAUUGUGGAAAUCGACUCUGUGAUGAGAUUACUGGUCAAUGUAUAUGUCCACCUCAUACUGUAAAGCCACAGUGUGAGAUAUGUAUUAAAGAAACAUUCAGCUACCACCCUUUAAUUGGCUGUGAGGGAUGCAACUGCUCAACUUCUGGCAUUAGUAAUGCUGCUGACCCAGACUGUGACAAACGCAGUGGACAAUGCUUGUGUAAGCCAGGAAUUGCAGGUCGGCAGUGCAACCGUUGUGCUCCAGGCUUUUACCACUUCCCAUCUUGCCUACGUUGUGACUGCAACAGAGGUGGAACUCAGUCAGAUAUCUGUGAUCCUGAGAAUGGAAAGUGCCUUUGCAAGGAAAAUGUUGAAGGACCAAGAUGUGAUGUUUGUCGUCCUGGCUCAUUUUACCUGGACCCAGAAAAUCCCAAAGGAUGUACAAGCUGUUUUUGCUUCAGGAGAACUAAUCAGUGUCAUAGCACAGACAAGUACAGAACAAAGUUUGUAGACAUGAAAAAUUGGAAGCUGGAAGCCACAGAUCAGACUUACGUACCUGUAGCAUUUAACCCUCACAGCAACACUGCAGUUGCAGAUGUCCAAGAACUACCAGCUUCUGUGCUGGAUCUUCUCUGGGUGGCUCCACCUUCAUACCUGGGAAACAAGCUUUCGUCCUAUGGUGGUUACCUGAGGUACCAUAUAAAGUCCUUUGGCUUGCCUGCAGAGAUGAUCCUUUUGGAAAAGAGAUCAGAUGUUCAGUUAACGGGAAUGCAAAUGUCAAUUGUUUACGUGGACCAGAACAAUCCCUCCCCUGAUCGUAUUUAUGUUGGACAAGUGAAGUUAUUAGAGGACAACUUCAAACAUGCCAGUACUAACAGCCCUGUAUCCAGAGAUGAGUUGAUGUUGGUGCUUUCCAAGUUAGAUGGACUGUACAUCCGAGCUCUUUACUUCACUGAGACACAGCGCCUCACCCUUGGUGAUGUUAGUCUAGAUGUGACUAGUUUCCAGGGAAGUGGUAACACCGCAGGCAAUGUGGAAGUCUGUUCCUGCCCAUCUAAAUAUGUGGGUGACUCAUGUGAGGAAUGUGCACCAGGACAGUACAGAGAGAAAGGCUGGUUCUUGACUCACUGCGUCCCAUGUAUGUGCAAUGGCCAUUCAACCCGCUGCCAGGAUGAAACAGGAAUCUGUAUUAACUGCAAGGAUAACACAGCUGGAGACCAUUGUGAACGUUGUGAAGAAGGGUACUUUGGAAAUGCCACCCAUGGUUCCUGUGAUCUCUGCCCUUGCCCACUUUUGGUUCCAUCCAACAGUUUUGCUACUGGAUGCACUAGCAUUGGUGGGAUUGUGCAAUGUACAUGCAAACCUGGCUAUACUGGAACACAGUGUGAAAGGUGUGCUCCUGGCUACUUUGGAAAUCCCAUGAAAAGAGGAAGUAUUUGUCGUCCAUGUAACUGUGACAUUUCUAAAACUUGUGAUCAUGUGACUGGUGAAUGUAUGGACCUGGAGCCCAAAGAUACAGACACAGAUAACUGUGAUGCUUGUGAUAGCUGUGUUACCACCCUGUUGUCCGACCUUAACAACAUGGAAACCGAGCUUCUGAACAUCAAAAUUCGGAUCCAGAAUGCUAGUGCGAGUUCCAUGUCACGUGAAAGGAUGAAAAAAAUUGAAGCGCUUACUAGAAAUGCUAAGAUCUUGGUUGACAGAUACCGACUUACAGUUAAUUCUCAAAAGAUGACCAUAAGUGAACUGGAGACAGAUACCCUCAAUCUAAACCAAGACAUUAACAUCCUGGAAAAUAAGGUUAACUUUAAUUCAAGAGAGGCUCAAAGGCUUCUGAAUGAAAUAGAUAAAACCAAGGAACAAUCAGAAGACUUAUUCAGAAGGUUGCAGAUCAUCAUCAGAAUUAUUCAAGAUCUCCUGAAACGGCUUGAAUCCCUUGAUGCAGGCGGUAGUGUGAUACCAUCCGGUGAAUAUGCAAAGAAACUGACAGAUGCAGAGAGAAUGAUGACGGAAAUGAGAAAUCGCAACUUUGGCACGCAGAAAGCUAAUGCAGCAGAUGAGAAGACAGAAGCUCAGAACUUGCUCGCCUAUGUAAAGAGUGAGUUACACAGACGCCAAGCAGAGAACCAGCAGCUUGCAAAAAGGAUUACAGAUUCACUGACAAACUACGAGUCCAAGCUAGUUGACCUGCAGGAAGCUCUGGAAGAUGCUACACACCUAAUCAAACAUGCCAAUGACCUGAACAAGGACAACUCCAAGUCACUGCAAGACAUUAAGAAUCGUAUCCGUGAUGUGGGGAAACAACACAGUAGUAUUUCAGACAGCCUCACAGAGGCACGAUCUUCCUUGAAACAAACAAGUGACUUGUUAAAGAUGUUGGAUGCCAGUCGAGAGGAGUAUGCGAAACUAGCUGCUCAAUUAGAUGGUGCCAGACUAGAACUGAGUGACAAAGUGCGGCGACUCUCCCAGGCGGCCGAAAAAGAGCCCUUAGUUCGUAGGGCAGAGGACCACGCCUUGGCUUUGCAAAGCCUGGCAGAUCAAAUGGCAGAAAUGAAGAAAAAUGCCAGUGAUGAUGAACUGGUACGCAAAGCCAAUGAUGCAGCAAGAGCAUAUAGAGAAAUUAUUGAUGCUGUAAAAGCAGCUGAGGAUGCAGCCAAUACAGCCAAAAAUGCAGCCAGCAAAGCCUUUGAGACCGUCGAAAAAGAAGGGCUCCCUGAAAAUGCCAGAAGGUCGAAAGCAGACAGCAGCAUACUGCUCACUGAAGCAAAUGCAGUACAAGGACAGCUACAAGGUCAGGCAGAAAAUCUUCAAGAUGCCAAAACUCGUCUUGCUGGUGCCAAUCAGAAGAAGGACUCCCUGGAAAAUGACCUGAAACGGGCACAAGCAAAACUCAACUCAAUUAGAAGAGAUGACAUAGCUGACAAAAUUACUGCAGCAAACAGGACAGUUGGAAGCGCGAAUGACGUAACAGAUGGCGUUAUGAACAAACUACAGCCAAUCAAAGAUGAACUUAAUGAAAUAAAACUUAGGGUUGGAAGUGGCAGUACUGCAGAAUAUAACAAACUGAUUUCUGAGGCUGACAGUUCAGUGAAGAAAUUGACCAGUACCAUCCCAGACCUGCUAAGAAAGCUUAAUAGCACACAACAGCAACUAAUGCCACUGAGUAACAUCUCAGAAAAUGUUAAUCGCAUAAGAGAACUUAUACAGCAGGCUCGGGAUGCAGCUGACAAGGUUACUGUGCCCAUGAAAUUUAAUGGAAGAUCUGGUGUUGAGGUUCGUCCUCCAAGUGACCUGGAUGACCUGAAAGCCUAUACCUCUCUUUCACUGUAUGUCCACCAGCCUAUGUCAAGGGGUGAUGAUAAUCCUUCACAUUUCGUCAUGUAUCUGGGCAGUAAGGAUGCUUCCAAAGACUACAUAGGUAUGGCUAUUCGAGAAGGUUCCCUCAUCAGUGUUUAUAAUCUUGGUGGUACUGAGAAAGAAAUUGUUGUCAAAGCUCCAGUUACAACUUCAGAUUAUAGAGAAUCUGUGUUGGAUCAUGUUAAAUUUGAAAGGAUUUACCAACAUGCAGUGCUAACGUAUGUUCGAAAAUCUACUUCCAGUACACCUAUUGCUCCAGAAAUCCUAUCAGAAGUUUCCAACUAUGAAAAUACUCUCUUAGAUCUAGAUCCUAACAGUGUUGUUUUCUAUGUCGGAGGAUACCCACCAGACUUUAAUCCUCCUCCUAAGCUCAAACUCCCAUUUAUGGUAGGUUGCAUUGAGCUGGACAUUCUGAAUGAGAGGGUCAUCAGUCUGUACAACUUUAAGAGCUUAAUGAACCUAAAUACAACAGCCGAUCAACCGUGCAAAAGGCAUCGCACCCAAAUACAGACAUAUUAUUUUGAAGGAACAGGAUAUGCACACUUCCAGUUAGAAAAAGAAAACCGGUAUGAGGCCAUGCUUCAAACAACCCAUGACAAAGGUCUGCUGAUGUUUUUGGAAUCUGAGGGACAAUUCUUCAGCAUAGAGCUUCAGGAUGGCUACCCAGUAGUCAAAUACAAAACUGAGACAAAUCCUGUUGUUGAGCAAACGAUUGACGAGCUCAUGAAUGAUGGACAAGAUCAAAAGCUUCAAGUCAUUUUCCAAAGCAGCGGAAAAAUUGUUGUGAUUUUUAAGAAGAAAAGGACCACCAUAGACUCAGGAUUAAAGCAAUUUAGUUCUUAUUCGUACUAUUUGGGUGGAUUGUCUACUGAACUGCGUGAACGCUACAACAUCACUGCCCCUCCAUUCCAAGGCUUCAUGAAAGAUGUCAAAAUUGGUUCCAAAAAUGUUCCCUUUUCAGACACUGUUGGUGUAAGUCGAAAAUUCCUGAGUGAUUUAUUGGCUGUUCGAUCUGCAACUAUUGCAAAGGGUGGGCAACUUAAUUUGGAGCCCAAUGGAGUUACAUUUCCUGCAGACUUUCAGACUUCUUUUGGAUUUAAAACUCAGCAAUCUGAUGGCAUACUGCUCCAACACAAAGCAAAGCUCAGUGAGUUGCAAGUGGUUCUAGAUAAGGGCUUAGUCAAAGUAAAAGUGGACAGAGAAGAGCUCACAUCUCAGAAGCCGUGUGGUGAUGGACAGAUGCACUAUGUGUCAGUCAGAAAAGAGAGCAGUGGUGUUAAACUUCUGGUUGAUGACGAGCCUGCAGCCAGUUCCCCAGCAUCUCUGAGGACACGCACGACCGAUACUACUGAUGUAGAAUUAGGUGGUGGGGACUUUGACGGUUGCAUCACCAAUGUCUUUUUACAGAGAGCAAAUACAAAUGCAGCAGUUCAGAAUCUAGCACAAUAUAAAAGCAGGAACAAUGUUUCGCUUGGCAUCUGUGCGAUAGAGAAGCCUCCUCAGUCAAUUAUGCUGAAGGAAACAGAACAUCCAAACAUGUAUAAGCCAGUUAAGAAUGGCAGAGUUGGUAUCCAUGUGAAUGGAAAGAAUAGUUUGUCAAUGAAGGGGUCAGUAGAACUGGGCCUAGAAAGCUGUGCUCUUAUUCCUGCUGUGAACGUUGUCAGUGGGGCAUAUCAUUUUGGAGAAGUGCCACACAGUCAAUUAAAAUACACCUUCUCUCCUGAGUUGCUGCAGAAAAGGUCACACUUUUCUAUAGAUGUGAAGACACAAUCUUCAGAUGGGCUGAUACUUUUUGCAGCAAAUGAACCCCAGGGCGCAUUCCUAGCCCUUUACCUUUCCAGUGGGCGCUUUGUCUUUUCCUUUGGUGCUGGAGGCAAGCGAGCACGAAUCAGAAGCAAAGAUGUUUACACUGACAAACAGUGGCACACAGUGGUAUUCAGCAGAGAUGGGAAGAAUGGACGUCUUGUCAUUGAUGGACUCAGAGCUCGGGAUGGUGAACUAGCAACUGAUGCUGCUCUGGACCUUAAGUCACCAUUUGUAUUGGGUGCAAUCCAGUCAUUUAAUGGGAAGUUCAAACUUCAGGAUAUGCCAAGAUUCAGCUUUUCAGGGUGUGCUAAAAAUUUCAAAGUGAAUAACCAUUUAAUGGCUGUGCCUUCUGAGGUGAUGGGUGUUGUUCCAUGUUAUGAAGGGACUACCGAACCCGGAGUUUAUUUUACAGGAGAAGGAGGCUAUGCAGUUUUAGAUAACACAUUUGUUGUGGGUGAGAACAUUGAACUUGUGUUUGAAAUUCGUCCCAGAAAUCAUACUGGUGUUCUGUUUCAUGUGAAUAGCCAGCAGGGGUCAUAUCUCAGUCUGUACAUGAAUAACGGAAAGCUGGCUGUCCAUGUGAACAAUGGUGCUGGUGAUUUCUGGACUUCUGUUACUCCUCAGCAGUCUCUAUGUGAUGGACAGUGGCACAAAGUUGCACUAAUUAAACAGAAGAAUGUGGUACAGCUGGAUGUUGACACAGAGAGGACUUACACCAUAGGACCAACUUCUGCACUUUCCACAAACACCAAAGACCCAUUGUAUGUAGGUGAUAUACCAGAUACCAUUCAAAUGCCAUGGCUUCCAUCCUAUUCAGCAUUUGCAGGUUGCCUGAGAAAAGUGAAAAUCAAUGAGGUCUCUGCAGAAUUUAGUAGAGCGGUGGACAUGCGUGGCGCAGUCAAUCUGAACAGGUGCCCCAAUUAAUGGCAUAUCAGCCAAGAAUUAUUUGACACAGACUCAAAUAUAGUGGUGAACAGAUGGACAUAUAUUCUAAGGUUACCACCCUAACAGUUCCUUCGGAGUGGUAACUGUGCUUUGUUUGACAGCUGUGGCACAUAACACAACCAGCAUUCAGUAACGUUUUCAGCUAGCCAGCUCUAUUUUAUGCUGUCACAACAAAGCACCAAUAAUUACAUUCUCAAGUACCUUUUUUAUUGCUAUGAACUCUGUUUACUAUUGCAUUGAGCGUUGCUUUGGGUAAAACAUGAUGCUUGUUUGUACAUCCUGAGCAAGCUACUACAAUACAUGCUAAUACAGUAUCCCUUUCAUCUCUACCUGCUAUGGUGAGACUGCCAAAGAGCAGAAAUGUAACUGGAAGCACUUUAAAAAUGUAUGGAAUGUUUGCUAUCGGUGCUAAGUUCAGUGGGGCCAAUAAAAUUUAUUAAAGUUUA